UGAAAAUCCAGGCUGUCUGUGGCAUCAAUAGUUAAAAAUAGCUCAAAUGAAAAUUAUUCCUACCCAACUGUUAUGAAUAAAAGUCUCAUUUUAUUACCAUACAGAAUUAAUCUCCAACAUGACAGAUCAAGUGACAUGUUGACAUGUGUUUUACUCGGAGAUAGCUUUAAGAAAUGGGUGCGGGUGAGUGGGACAAAAUGCUACCAGAACCAGAACUUCUUGGGAGAUACUUCCAUGAACAGUUCAAAGUUUUACCUGAUCACCAAAGGAGAAAAGCGGAAUGGAAGAAAGGGAAAACUGCAAAACUAUCGAAAGGAAAAGAGAAAAGGAAAGUCAAAGUAGAACCUUGUGGAGAAAUUACAAAUCUGUCAAAUCCACCAGACGUUGAACUACCAACCAAUGCAUCAAGUUUCGCCGUAUUCGCCAAUGUUCGGCAAGCGGUGCUGGAACGAUGGGUUAAACAAGCCUGUCAGAUUUAUUUAUCUUCUUCGUCCAGUGUUCCAGCAACCGAUGGGAACAAUGAUGUUGAAAGUGACAUUGAAGAUAACACAGACAAAGUCAGGGAUAACAUCUUGAAAGUCCCAAAGAUAGUUGGUGUUGGCCUAAGAAGUGUGUUUGAAUUAAUUCGAGAGAGUCGGUCGUCACAUCCUGUGCUGUGCACCAAAGCACUUGGUGCUCUACUAGAUGUCGUUCAGGGCCAGCAACCUGAGGGUCUAAAGAAUGAACCAGCUGAAGUGAUUGAACCACUGUUUGAUCUGUUACUGGAUCUGGCUACUUCGCAUGGGCCAGAAACAGCAGCUGUUGAUGAUGGGAGUCACUUGACAGCAGUGGCCUGUUCAUGCCUUCUAGCCCUUGUUGUUGUUCGUGGUGACACAGGACGUCUUCUCAAUGCAACUGCUGCUCUUCUAAUGUCACCACGUGCAUUAGCACUGCAGAAUAUUCAUAUGCCAGCAGUGUUAACAGCACUUCAGAGGAGUGUCCAUGGGGUUUUGCUUGGUAAACUUGUUCGACCAGAUUGGAUUUCCCACGGUGUUCCUAAAACAUCAAGAAUUGAUUCAUUUCAUGUCAAGAUUGGCACAGAUAUUCACAGCAGUCAGACCACAAAAUCACUGGCAAGUGAUGGACAAUAUUUAUACUUAUAUACGUCAAAAGGUCUUUUCAAGAUAGGCUCUGGUUACGGUGGAACUGUAAAGGCUAACAUAUACAUCCACAAAUCAGAUUUCUUUAUUGAUGAAAAAGGAUGGCUAGGAUUUGCUUAUGGAAUGCUGUACUUCAAAUUUGUUGGGAAAAAAGGCUGUGAGCUCCUGCUUAUGGACAGAGAAUCGUUGAAAGUCAUGGAUAUUGUUUCCCUGGAAGGGAAAGAUUGCGGUUCUUGCGUAAUGUUUUCUGAUGGAGAAAAUCUUGGAAUGAUUACAGCAGCGAAAGAUGAUGGUUUUGUUGUUCGUACAAUAAAUCCUACCAGUUCACCCGUUGUGUCAGUCAAUGAACUUCCCCUUAAGUUAGCAAGAAAAUGUGUUGAUGUUUUUGGAUAUGCUACAUUUGAUGAAGAAACCAUGAUACACACUGUACAGAUUGGCUAUGAUGAAGAAAUAGCUGUGAUUGCUGCAGGGAAGGAUUUUGGUUUAAUAAGAACUAACUCAGGAAAGGUCUUCUAUUGUGGCAAAUCGGCAAGUCUUGGAAUCAAACAAGGAGGCCUCAGAAAUGGCAAAUGGGCUGAACUACCAAUCACUAAGUCUCCUAAAAUAACCCACUAUGCUGUUGGUCAUGAAGGUCUUCAUGCAGUGCUGAUCUCUGAAGAUGGAUCUGUGUUUUUUGUCGGAACAGCAAGAAGAGGAGAAGAUGGCGAUCAGAGUAAAGCCCGUAGGCAGCCAAAACCUGUAAAGCCAAAGAAAAUGGUUAAAGUAGAGGGCCAAGUUAUUGUACAUGCUGCAUGUAAUAAUGGCACAACAGCUCUUGUUACAAGGGAAGGGGAACUGCUUAUGUUCGGCAAAGAUACAGCCCACUGUGAUCCUGCUACAGGACUUGUUACAGAACUGAAGGAUGUGCACGUAACUCAAGUGGCCUUAGGUAAAGCACAUGCUGUUGUAUUAACAAACAAAGGCCACAUUUACACAUUUGGAAUAAAUAACAAAGGCCAGUGUGGUCGUGAUUUUGCUGCCCAAGUUAAGGAAGUUCCAAUGGUGACAGCUAUGGAGACAGCAGCAGAAGAGGAAGUGGAUGAAGAUGAUCUGGAUUGGGAAGAUGCACAAGAGCUUAUGUGCCCUCCAGGUACACACAAAUGGAAACACGAUCAGUGCAUGGUAUGCACAGUGUGCCGUGAAUGUACUGGGUACAGCAUCGGCUGUUUGAGCAGCAUACGGCCUGACCGUAAUCCUGGACAAGAAUGUGGUUGUGGUGAGGGAGACUCAGGUUGUGCUGAAUGUGGCUGUUGCCGCAUAUGUGCGCGAGAGAAUGUGGACAAUUCAGAACUAGCCAUCCUAGGUCCAAGUGGAGCAGGCGAUCUAGCUGCAGGUCGACAAGGAGUGCAACUGCAGCAGCGUUUAGAAGAACGUCGUCGACGGCAAAGGAGUAAACAAUCUGGUAAACAGCAUGGAUUGGUCUCUAGUUCAGCAAGCAGUUCUCGCACGAAAGGUUUAGGCUCAAGAGUAUCCCCCGGCCCAUCUGUCUCUGUUUCUCCAGCUGGGAUUAGAACUACCCAUGCAUCAAUCGCAGGCGAAGAACAAGCUGGAGGAAGUGAUGCAGAACGAGAAGCAACUCGCACAGCGCAACUGUUUCCAGCUCGUGUUGUUCUACCUUCCAGUCAUGGAACAUCAACUGUUGCACAGAAAGGCCAACUGGGUCGUCCCGCUCCGCCAUCAGGCCACGAAGCAGCCGGUAACAGUAGCCGAAAAGAUGGUCGUCCACCAAGAGAUGGUCCCUGGUAUUCGAUUCCAGGCCUUGUGCCAAACAUUGGGCCCCGACAUGGUCGAAGGGCAACAUGGGUUGCUGCUUCUGGGGACCAGACAUAUCUCAAAAUUGAUGAGAGCCUCAUUAAUUCCUUGAGCCUGACACGCUCUACGGUCAUGGCCAACAAGCAGAGUAUAAUUUUGCUCCCGACACAGAGUGAUCACAUAAGUUCCUUUAAGUGUUUAGUGAUCAACAAACGUGAUGGAAACUGUAGCAGUUUCAGUGGACCAGAUCAGGUGGACUUCUCCCAUAUGGCAACGUGUCUUGAUCCACUGUACAAUGUGCUUUGGAGUUACCACCCAGGCAACCAAGAGCUCGCAUGUUACAAUGUUGUAGCAAGUGAAGUACCACCUAUAGAGCACUCUGUACAGCCAAAUCUUUCUAUCUUGAGUCCCGAGCUGGCACUUCCUGUCAUUCCUCACUGCCAUGUGACACGCUCUCAGGCCGCCUUGCAUCUGCUCGGUUGCCUCGACACACUCACGUGCCGUGCCCGUGAUCGUCAAACAGCAACAUUGUGUGAUGAGGCACAUGAAGGUCGUCAGGCAGGAAAAGUGUACAGCCGUGAGGACUUCUCAGCUGUGACACGCUUUGAAAGCCAUGGUGGUGGAUGGGGCUACUCCGGGCAUUCGAUUGAAGCUAUUCGGUUCAUGGCAGACACUGACAUCCUUCUUGGUGGCUACGGACUUUUUGGUGGUCGAGGAGAGUAUACAGGAAAGAUUAAGUUAUUUGACAUUGGUGUCGAUGGAGGUGAGCAGGAAAUUGAUGGAGAGAUGUUAGCUGAGACAGAGGAAGUUCCUUAUGAAUGCGGUCCACGUCAGAAGUAUCCCAUGCUCUUUGAAGAACCCAUUCCCUUGCAGGCUAAUAGGUGGUAUGUAGCUUGGGCAAGAGUGAGUGGACCAUCAAGCGACUGUGGUUCAAGCGGACAAGGGAUGGUAACAACAGAAGACCAGGUAGUUUUUUACUUUAAAUCAUCAAAAAAAUCAAACAAUGGAACAGAUGUUAAUGCAGGGCAGAUUCCACAGCUCCUGUACCGUAUUGUUACACCUGAAAAUCAAGCACCAAACCGCCAGCUGGACCAGUCAGAACCUGUAUAUAUACUGAGUAGAGAAUUCUCUCAUUCCGUGUCAAGGGAAUGCUUCCAGUCACUCCUGGCUCUUCUACAGUGGAGCUGGAAUACUUUCAAAGCUGCUGUCAUGGACAUCACUCAUUUGAAUGGCACAACAUCAGGACACCUAGCAGCGAUGCUGGAUUUAGAAAAGCUCAUGUAUAUCAGCAGGGCAACACUUAGACUUCUGCGUACAUAUACAAAUGAGAUAUACCCAAAUCAAGUUGGUUCAAAGAAACUUCAAACUGAAUCAGUUCGUUUGGCAGAAUGUAUUGGGGACGUAAGAGCACUGUUGAGGCAGAUUCUAUCAGAUCACUUGCCUAGUUUUCACAUUCCACGAAAAAGUGGGAAAGUACGGAAUCAGAAAGGCUCAACUCCCUACAUGAAAAUGACAACGAGUAUAUUACAGGAGUGCCAUCAAACGUUUGUCUCUUGUUUUCAUGCAUUUUAUCCCACAGCUUAUUUGAAGUGGACUUCUCUGUGUGAUCUGUUAGCAAGUAUGGAUAAGGCUCCUGGAGAAAUUACAGCCAAUUUGGAUCAGUUGUUAAGUGCGGUAUUAGCUGCACUGUGUAGUCCAACUGUUCGACUGCGUUCAACAUUUCCUAUAUUAUGUGGCACCCUGGAUGCAUCUGAUGUGUCUCUCAGACGACAGCUUAGUCCCUCUGACAAUACAGGUUUACCAAUGGUUCCCAGUAUUGAUGGACACCAUUAUCCUAUACUUGUAGAACAAAUGAGCUACAGGAGUCAGCUGGAAGGCAGUUGCAUAGUAAAUAACUGGGUCUUCAGAGAUGUUCUUGACAGGUUACUGGAUUUAGUCACUAUUCCUGUAAAGCAAGCACUGUGCCAGGAGAGAGUGACUCGCUCCCAAGAACUAAUAAAGAAUUGCUGUCACCUUCUGGCACGUAUAAUUGCAGAGUUGGCAUCUCAGUCAAGUGGAACAGAUGAGGACAUACAGGGGGCAUGUGGAAGAGUUCUUCACACAUUGCCAUCUCGGUUCACCCGCACCAAUCAAAGCCGAACAUGGAACACAGGAAAUGGGUCUCCUGAUGCCAUUUGUUUUUCUGUUGACAGACCUGGUAUAGUCAUUGCAGGUGUCUGUGUUUAUGGAGGUGCUGGCACUUAUGAAUAUGAACUGGAACUUUUAGAUGAUCAAAAUAGUGUUGGUAAUGAUCCAUCACAUACACAACGAUGGAACAGUCUGGAAAUGGCACGUGGAACAUUUGGUCCAGAUGAUUGUGUAGCUGAUGUAGCAGAAAUUAAGUUUGACAAACCAGUGCCCAUAAAGGAGAAUGUAAAGUAUGCAAUUCGACUGAGAAAUCAUGGAGGACGUACAAGCAAUGGUGAUGGUGGCCUAAGUUCUGUAAAAGGACCAGAUGGGACUAUAUUCAUGUUCUCUACUUGUUCCCUCAGUUUCAAUGGAACAACACAAUCAAGAGGUCAGAUCCCUCAAAUAUUAUAUUACAGCAAUCCAUUGGACAGGGAGAGUCAACAGACCAGCAAAGCUUGGGCAGAACUUCAAGCUUGCAAAUGCACACUGUCAAUGUCAGCAGCCAUAGUUCAGCACUGUAAUGACUUGAUGGCUCUUGGCAGAGAGAGAGCUGAAGAUGUGCUUGCUACUGAAGUUCUUGGUAACGCAUGCAUUGUCACUACACUUCUGCCACUUAUGCUGGCACAUAUCAGCCCUUUAGCUACUCUUGAUCCAAGGAGUGCUGUUCAAGUGUUGAGUCUUAUCCAAGAACUGUUGCCUCAUGUCUCAGCACUUAAUCUAAUGAGUUCUGGUAUGCACCAUUCAACUGGUUCUAUAGAAAGCACAGGUCCUGAUUCACAAGGCUAUUGUCCUUCAUCUAUUAAUACAACGUCACACCAUUAUGCUUGGGUUGAAAGUGAGCAUCCCUACAAACCAGCUACUGUAUCCAAUUACAGAGUGUCAUUUCCAGAAUGCGUGAAGUGGCUCUGCAUUGAAUUUGACCCACAGUGUGGUACAGCACAAGUGGAGGAUUCGCUGCAGUUGUUCAUUCCUAGCAUUGGCGGUGGUAGUGGUAGUGGUGGAGCUCACUUGCCUGGCAGGGGCUGUAUAACUUCACCUCUCUCUCCUUCUGGAGAUGAACCUGACAAUGAGACAACGCCAGUUCCAUACUGGCCAAUUCUCCACAGAUUCAGCAGAGGCAGUGCAAAUUGGCCACAGACAGCUAUUGUGCUUCCAGGAAAUGAAGUUAUAUUUUCUUUGGAAACAGCAUCUGAUUAUGUCAAAGAUGAAAAAGCCUGUUACUAUGGAUUUCGUUGUCUAGUAAUUGGUUAUGAGUGGCAUGUUAUCCCAGGAGAUGGCCUGAAACACCUUGAAACAGAACUUGCAUUUCUAGGUGGGAUGUGUGCAGCUUCACUUAUGAAAAAAGAUUUGCUUCUGCCUCCUACUUCUGUUGAAGAAAUGAAUGAAGAUUUGGAGUCAGUGGAAGAAUUUGCUCAGCAAGUCUACAAUAGCAAUUCUGCACUACUUGGCAAAGGCUUUGCCCUAGCUAGCCCGCCUACAAUUGCCCAAGCACUUGAAGGAAUUCUUCCAUUCAGUUCAACUUCAUCCCUCUUCUUUAUUCUCUCUGCGUUUGUGUCAACACGGCAAUGGAAGAAGUGUAGUUAACUGGAGCCGUCAAUUUUAUUUCAGAAAGCUCACGCUGCAGUAAUUCAACGACCG